AUGUCCCUCCAUUACACGUCGGAAAAAGAGCACAAUCAGGUACUGUUUGAAGGAGAUUUAUUAGUGAAGAAGGUGAUUUUAAAUAGACCCAAGAAGUUAAAUAUCCUAACUUAUGAAAUGGUUUGUCAAAUGCUAACAAAAUUCCAAAUAUACGAGGAAGAUUCUACAACAAAUUUUGUAAUUUUGAAGGGCAACGGAAGAGCAUUUUGUGCCGGGGGUGAUGUUGUUUCCGUAAUUGGUGCUAGCAAAAUAGGUCAUUGGAGUUUCGGAGCAAAUUUUUACCGAAAACAAUAUGCUUUAGACUACCUACUUGCAACAUAUAAGAAACCCUUGAUUUCACUUAUCAAUGGUUUUGUUAUGGGAGGUGGUGCUGGCUUAUCUAUUCAUGCAAAGUUUAAAGUUGUUACUGAAAAUGCUGUGUUUGCCAUGCCAGAAGCAUCAAUAGGGCUUUUCCCUGAUGUUGGUGCUUCCUAUUUCCUUUCUAGACUUCCUGGCUAUUUCGGAGAAUAUUUGGGACUAAGUGGAGCAAGGUUGGAUGGAACGGAAAUGCUUGCUUGUGGACUUGCGACUCAUUUUGUUCUGUCCAAGGACCUAAUUUUGCUCGAAAAUGAACUUGAUAAAGUGGGAACAUCAGACACAACAAAGAUUGCCAGGAAAAUUGACACAUUCUCGAGUGCAGCACCUGUUAAAAGAGAGAGUGCUUAUGCAAGAUUGGAGAUUAUAAACAAAUGUUUCUCAAAGAAUACUGUGGAAGAAAUAUUAUUAGCCCUUGAGAAGGAGAUAGAACAUAAUGCGGGAAAAUGGAUGAUGGAGGCUGUGAAGUCCAUGAAAGCUGCUAGUCCUACUAGCCUUAAAAUUUUUCUCAGAUCAAUCAGGGAAGGCCGAGAACAAACACUUGACCAAUGCUUUGCACGUGAGUAUAUAACCUUAUCUAACAUUCUUCGAGGAUCAAUUGGCAAUGAUUUGUACGAGGGUACAAGAGCGAAGCUAAUUGAAAAGGACAAUAAACCUAAGUGGGAGCCUUCAAAUUUGCAGUCAGUGAACAAAGAAACGGUGAAUCGUUAUUUUACAGAGGUUGAUGAUCCACAUUGGGAAGUCUUACGUCUUCCUGUUAAUCGACGACAGCCCAACUCGGUUGAUGCAUUGAAAUCCAAGAUAUGA